CACGGUGAGGGGUGGCACUGGAGGACAUUAGGAGGAGUUGGGAGUCACUGUCCAGGAGACACCAAAGCAGUCCUGAUAAGUAUUGUGGGAUUGAUGACUGAUUCCUGUAGGUGGGCAUGUAUUUUUCCCCACUGUCAGAUAAAACAUCCUUUAUCAUGAGAACAUUUGUUAAAUCAUGGAUUCCUCAGUGUCUGCAGAUUCUCAAGUCUCCUUGCAGAGUGUUCAGUGGGUGCAACAGGCUUCUUACAUCUCAGAUUAUUUCAUAUUAUGACUCUAUAAACCAGUGUAAAAAGGAACUUCCACAAUAUUUCAACUUUGCAAGUGAUGUCUUGGAUGAGUGGUCACAACUGGAAAAGGAUGGAAAGCGACCAGCAAAUCCAGCUUUUUGGUGGGUAAAUGAGGAGGGAGAGGAGGUGAAGUGGAGCUUUGAAGAGCUGGGAUUUCUGUCUAGGAAAGCAGCUAAUAUACUUACAGAGACGUGUGGUCUGCAGAGAGGAGACAGAGUUAUAACAGUUCUGCCUCGUGUUCCUGAGUGGUGGCUGCUGACUGUAGCCUGUAUGCGAACAGGAAUUGUCUUUGUUCCAGGAACAUCCCAAUUAACAGCCAAAGACAUCUUAUACCGACUCCAGGCUUCAAAGGCCAAGUGUCUCAUUACCAACGAUGUGCUGGCACCUGCAGUGGAAUCCAUCAUGCCUGACUGCCAGUUUCUGAAAAGCAAAAUAAUUGUAGCUAAAGGGAGCAGAGAUGGGUGGCUGAACCUCAAAGAACUCUUUGCGGUGACAUCUGCUGACCAUACAUGUGUCAAGACAAGGAGUCAAGACCCAAUGAUGAUCUACUUUACCAGUGGAAGUACAGGCUCUCCAAAAAUGGUGGUGCAGUCACACAGCAGUUAUGGCAUUGGAUUUGCAACCAGUGCCAGGUACUGGAUGAAUUUGGCUCCUUCAGAUAUUAUGUGGAAUACGUCUGAUACUGGUUGGGUAAAAGCAUCUUGGGGCAGUGUUUUUGCACCAUGGAUCAGUGGAUCCUGUGUCUUUGUACACCAUAUGCCACAGUUCAAACCAGGAGUUAUUGCAAAAACUCUCUCAAGAUAUCCCAUCACUGUCUUUUGCACUGCUCCCACUGCCUUCCGCAUGCUGGUCCAACAUGAUCUGAGCAGCUACAAGUUCAUGAGUUUGAAACACUGUCUGUCUGGAGGGGAGCCACUCAAUCCUGAAGUGAUGGCAAAGUGGAAAAUCCAGACAGGACUGGAUAUCCAUGAAGGUUAUGGGCAGACUGAAACAGUGACAAUAUGUGCCAAUAUGAAAGGAGUGGAGACUAAACCUGGCUCUGUGGGAAAAGCUGUUCCACCCUAUGAUGUGCAGAUCAUAGAUGACCACGGGGCUAUUCUGCCCACAGGAGAAGAAGGCAACAUUGCAGUCCGAAUCCUACCAACACGACCAUUCUGCCUGUUCUCUGAGUACUUGGAUAAUCCAGAAAAAAAUGCUGCCUCUGUGUGUGGAAAUUUUUAUGUUACCGGAGACAGAGGGAUUAUGGAUGAAGAAGGGUAUGUCUGGUUUGUUGGAAGAGCUGAUGAUGUGAUUAAUUCUGCUGGGUAUCGUAUUGGCCCAUUUGAAGUUGAAAGUGCCUUAAUACAACACCCUGCAGUCUCUGAGUCAGCUGUUGUCAGCAGUCCUGAUCCAGUUCGAGGGGAGGUGGUCAAAGCCUUCAUUGUUCUGGCUCCUGCUUAUGAAUCGCAUGAUCCAGAAAAAUUAACCCAUGAGCUUCAGCAACAUGUCAAGAAGGUGACUGCACCUUACAAGUACCCAAGGAAGGUGGAGUUUGUUCAGGAUCUGCCCAAGACUGCUACUGGAAAGAUCCAGAGAAAGGUUCUAAGGAACAAAGAGUGGGGGAGAGUGUAACAUGAUCUGGAAACUGAGGAGAGAAAAUUUCCAUCAUCUCUACCAGCCACAGCUCAUCAUACUUGGCAUGUGGCCAUGACCAGAGCACUAGGAUAACAUAUGGAAAACACAUGACAAUAAAAUAAAGGAGCUCACACUCAUACGGCUUGAGGAUGUGUGGUAUUAGAGCCACUUUUGCCAUUGACCUACAAACUUUCAGAAGGUGCAAGUAAUUAAAAAUGAGGAAUGGAAGAGAGAAGGGGACAAAUCCAGGAGCUUAUAAAGGCUUAAGUUUUUUACUGGAAUUAGUAUAAACAGCUUCUGGGGGAAAAAAGAAAGAAAAAUUGUAUUUUGAAAAUGACAAAUAA